AAAAUAUCUAGACUUGGAAACAGAGAUGACUGCGUUUCUUAUCAAACACAAGGCCAGUGGAAAGUUUCUUCAUCCAAAGGGUGGCACUAGUAACCCUACCAAUGGUAAUACAUUGGUGUUGCAUAGCGAUGUCCACGAAAGAAUGUACUUCCAGUUCGAUGUUGUUGAUGAACGAUGGGGCUAUAUCAAACAUGUUGCAAGUGGGAAAAUUGUUCAUCCCUUUGGUGGAAAAGCUGACCCGCUAAAUGGAACCAAUAUGGUUUUGCAUCAAGACCGUCAUGAUCGGGCACAAUUCGCUAUGGAUUUUUUCAAUGAUAAUAUUAGACACAAGGGUGGGAAAUACAUCCACCCUAAGGGCGGAUCCAAAAAUCCAUCAAAUGGUAACUUAACUGUGAUGCAUGGAGAUAGGCAUGGCGCUAUGGAAUUCAUUUUUGUUUCUCCAAAAAAUAAAGAAAAACGCGUUUUAGUCUAUGCCUAAAAUAUAUUAU